AUCUUCCAGUACGUGGCCUUCGCCUCCCUCUUCUUCAUCCUCAUCUCCAUCACCACCUUCUGCCUGGAGACCCACGAAGCCUUCAACCGCGUCAUCAACAAGACGGAGACGGUGCCAACGGGCAACGGCACGGGGACGCAAGUGGCCGUCGAGGUGGAGACCGAACCCUUCCUCACCUACGUGGAGGGCACCUGCGUCGUCUGGUUCACCUUCGAAUUCCUCAUGAGGGUCAGUUUUUGCCCGGAUAAACGAGAUUUCGUCAAAAGCAGCUUAAACAUCAUCGAUUUCGUCGCCAUUUUACCUUUUUACCUCGAGGUGGGGCUCCGCGGCCUCUCCUCCAAAGCCGCCAAAGACGUUUUGGGUUUCUUACGCGUCGUCCGCUUCGUCCGCAUCCUCCGCAUCUUCAAGUUGACGCGGCAUUUCGUCGGCUUGCGCGUUUUGGGCCACACCCUCCGCGCCAGCACCAACGAGUUCCUCCUCUUGGUCAUCUUCUUGGCCUUGGGGGUCUUGAUCUUCGCCACCAUGAUCUAUUACGCCGAACGCAUCGGCGCCGACCCCGAUGACGUCACGGGGAGCCGCCAUACUUAUUUUAAGAACAUCCCCAUCGGGUUUUGGUGGGCGGUGGUUACCAUGACGACGUUGGGGUACGGGGAUAUGUACCCCAUGACGUGGUCGGGGAUGUUGGUGGGGGCUCUUUGCGCCUUGGCGGGGGUCCUCACCAUCGCCAUGCCCGUCCCCGUCAUCGUUAACAACUUCGGCAUGUAC